GCGCGCUCCCGAACCCGGGCCGUGUUUUGUGGCUCACCGGAACGCCUCCGUUUCCUCUGUUUUGGAGUAGACGUCUGCAGCAUGUUAAUGUGCUCUGUGUGUGUGUGUGUGUAAUGUUUAUCAAGCCUGCAGCAGAGCUCGCGAGCUGUUGAAGAAGACACCCUGAUGACGGUAGAUAGAUAGGAAUCGCUCUUUCCGUUCCCGGAACCUCGGCGUUCCGGCCAGCGUCCGUCUCUACGAUGCUUCACUGAGUGAGGAGAGCCGGAGGAGAGAAAACAGAAAAUGCCGCGGACCAAACAGAACCAUCCCAAAAACCUGAAAGAUAAGAUCGAGGAGGCUCAGAAGGAGCUGAAGGAACCGAAAACUGCUCAGAAAGCCCGAAAUGAAAGCACUGGCAGAACGUCUGAUGCCAUCAAAGGGCUGAAGAGGAAAAAGGUUGUGGCUGAAAACCAGUUAAAGAAGAUUCCCAAAUCUCCAGUAAAGAAACCACCACAAUCCAAUCAAACACCAGUUUCCUCUCCGAGCUGCACUUCAUCCAAGGAAGGUCCUGCCCACAGUUCCCCCAAACCAACCCGAGACUCUGAUCAGGAAGAUGAUCGGCAGGAGACACUGACCGAUAGGCCAAAAAACGUGGAGAAGAAAGAUCUGAUCAUCUCCGAGCCGCAGGCUCUCGGCAGCGACGGCAGCGCAGGACAGACUUAUGCUGGAGAGUCGGUUCCGACCCAAAGCUGGAGUGAGAAAACCAGCGACGACGGUACGUCUCAAUCUCACACUGCUGCUCCUCUGGAAGUCCUGCUCAAGGCUAUGGAGCCAGACUUCAACACCCUGACGGAGAAGAAGAACCGCAAUCUGAUUGGACAACUCCGGAGCUCUGUGUCGAUUCCUGCUGCCCAUUCGGAGGUAGCCGUGGCGAUGCCAGCAGUGAACUUUGGUGCCCAGUCCCAGCCUGCACUAAUGCAGCCGUACGAUGCGGCGAAACCACAAUUCUACAGCAGAGCAUCAACAGCGGUCCUAGCGCCACUUCACCAGUCCUCCCAGCGGCACUUGACCAUGACCUCGAGUCCCUGCCAGCAAGACAAACCAGGCCUUCAGAAGAGCUACAGUGCCGGGCCGUCGCUUACCUUGACUCACGCGCCAGUUCCCUCAGGGUCUGGAGGACUGCCUCAAAGCCAACCACCCAUAGUGCAGACGUGCCAGUCUCUCUCGGCCAGUGUCCCCAACCCCAUCCAGGUUCCGGUAACGCCAGGCUUCAAUCCCGUCCAGGUGGCAACUGUGGUCAACUUUGGAAUGAAUCAAAUGUGCGACAUGUCUGCAAAGGAGCAGAAACCCAAAAAGCAAGGGAAGUACGUUUGUGAGUACUGCCACCGAGCAUGUGCCAAGCCAAGCGUUCUCCUGAAGCACAUCCGGUCCCACACUGGAGAGAGACCCUACCCUUGUGUAACAUGCGGUUUCUCGUUCAAGACCAAGAGCAACCUCUACAAACAUAAGAAGUCCCACGCCCAUGCCAUCAAACUUGGGCUGAGUUCCAAAGACUCUGGAAAUGGGUCUCUCUCUCAGGAGUCCGACAGAGGAAUCGGCACCCACUCAGACGCAGAAGAUACAGGCGAGAGUGAUGAGGAUGUCGGCAACGCUGACUUUGACCAUGACUCUUCGCAGAGCAGCCUGACUGCCUUAUCCGAGAGCAGCUUGCAGAGUUCAGGCACAGUUCCAGGCAUCCCUGGAGAGGCAGAGCAGUCGGUGAUGAUUGAGAACCUGAAACCAUUGGCUUCUCAAAAGGGAUGCGAGCCAAAGGUGACGGCAGCUCUCCCCAAAGUUGUAGUCUACCCAGUCAACGUUUCACCCUUGAGGGCUGACAGUCCAAGAGUUACAGAUUCCGCACCAGAGCAAGCGACGGCACAGAGACAACGGGACUUCCAGACUGCAAGUCUAAGGUCAAAUAUAACUGUCCUGUCUUCUCUGAAAGAGGUGGACUGUUCAAGUCCCUUACAGGACUCCAUAAGCGAGGAUGAAGACCAGCAAUGUAAAUCUCCUUCAGGUAAUGGGCAUGCACAGCUUCAGAGACAACAAGCGACCGAUUGCUCUCAGCAGACUCAAGGCAAAUGCUUGCUAAGUCCUCGAAGUCUUGGCAGCACCGACUCUGGUUACUUCUCACGUUCUGAAAGUGCAGAUCAAGCCAUGAGUCCUCCAAGCCCUUUCGUCAAGAUUACGCCACCAGCAGAAACUGACAUCAUGAAAAAUCCACAAGUACAACCUCCCCCUGUCGUGGGCGCAGUCAUGCAUGUAGCACCUGUUGAAAAGCCUCCAGUUUUGCCUGGACAGAUGCGUCCUCCACUGGAGGCGAAAGCUCUUUCUCUCGAAGAGCGAAUUUCAAAGUUGAUCUCCGAUAACGAGGCUGUUGUUGAUGCCAAGCAACUUGAUAGUGUUAAACCGAGACGUACUUCUCUUUCCAGAAGAGGUAGCAUUGAUUCCCCCAAAUCUUACAUAUUCAAAGACUCUUUUCAGUUUGAUCUGAAACCGGUUGUAAGAAGAUCAAGUUCCAAUUCUGACAUACCAAAGUCUCCCUUCACGCCCACGGAUAAAUCCAAACCUAUAUUCCUUCUGUCUGUACCUCAUCAGUAUCCAGCAAUGGACUGUUUACCGAUUACAAGAAGUAAUUCAAUGCCUACGACUCCUGGCCAGUCAGCAGUCCUUCCCAACGCUACUCCACAGCCCCAUCCUCUAAGGAUCUGCCAUUCAUUUGACGACAAGAUAAGUUCACUAAAUGAUGACGUGUUCUCGUCAGCCCCCUCCACACCCAAUCCAGUACAUCGCACUUUAGUGAGGCAGAUUGCAGUUGAGGAUUUUUCCACAAACGAUGGACACGUCCUUCUUUCUGUUCAUUCAAUGGAUGAAGGUCGCCAUGGACCAAGUAUUACUCAUGAGAACCGAAGCAAGUCAUUUGAGCAUGCGCCUGAAAGAAACCGAAAGAACCAACAAAACAAAGGGGCAACGUAUGAAUGCGAGACCUGUCGUAACCGGUACCGAAAAUUAGAAAACUUCGAAAACCACAAGAAGUUUUAUUGCUCUGAACUGCAUGGUCCAAAGAAUAAGCCUGUGUCCAUCAGAGAUACUGAGCCGGAAGUAUUUCAACGCGGAGCACAGCAUCCUUCUUUGAGCAGAACUGCAGUUGUUCCAAGCAUUGCUGAGCAACCAAUGAUGAUAAGAAAAAGACGGAAGAUGAAAAGUGUUGGAGAUGACGAUGACCAGUCCCCAACGGAGACCACGCCACCAUGCUCAAGAAGUUUUGAUUCCUGCCAGAUGCCCAUGGGUUUUUCAGGAAAUCCAUAUGCCCAGCCAACACAUGCCUCGAGUAACCCUUCUCUUGUGGGCCAAAUUCAACUUAUCGUAAGAGGCGCUGAAGAGUCAAGGCUAUCUCCCAUACGAGAGACCCAGAUCAGCUCGCCCGGUAAAGAAAGAGCAGAACUUCAGAGACAGGGGAGUGGUACCUCAGUCAUUCGGCACACAAACUCCCUCAGCCGACCAAAUUCUUUUGAAACAUCUGAGUCUAUUGACAGAUCUCCAGUUGAUCCUGUGGAAAAGGAUCCCAAAAGCUCGGCAAAAAGCCACGUUGAAAGUACCCUUAGUUCUUCCUUGCAAAGUUACCACGAAAAGAUGUCAACACCCAAAUGUGCCAACCAAGGAAUGGACCAUCACGAAAAGCAAACUUCUUCAGUCGUUAUCGAUAACAGCACACCUAGUCAGUCAAGGUUGGUGCGACAAAACAACAUUCAAGUCCCUGAAAUUCUUGUAACAGAGGAACCAGACAGAGAGCAUGAAACUCAAGCAAUUGAACCAGCAGAGAAGCCUCCAGAAACCUUCAACUGGCCUCAGAGGAGCGAGAGUUUGUCCAAACUUCCGACCGAAAAACUCCCACCAAAGAAGAAGCGAAUACGACUGGCUCAAAUGGAACACUCAUCAGGAGAGUCCAGCUUUGAGUCGAGUCUGUCUCGUAGUCUCAGCCGAGACAGUAGCUUGUCAAGGUGCUCCAGUAUUUCAGCCUCGUUUGAAAGAGAUGAUCCUCCAAGAUCAGACAGUCCAUCCAGGGUGGAGGGUGUUCGCAAACCACCAGAGGUUCAGGGUCACCCUGUAGCAACCAACACUCUGGGAGUCCCAGGGAUGAUGAGACGUGCUGCAUCCGAGCAAAUCAGCUGCACUCAACCAUCUGUAGAGAUUUCUUGCGACUAUCGUAGCAAAUCCUUCGACUGCAGUAACAUGUCGCCAGGCAGGUCUUUGUCCCCAGUGGCGACUGCUUUGCCAAAACCUACACAGGGUGCAGCAACUCCCCAGGUGCCUCUUAUUGAACGGAGAAGAGGACCACUUGUACGUCAGAUGUCUUUGAAAAUCGGCCCAGAAACACAAUUACCAAGUAAACAGACAGUCUCCCUUCAGAGAGGUCCUUCUACCAACAUUCUCUCAGUGUCCCAAACCAAACCACUACAUGUAAAUAACCCGAACCUUGUUCAGCCUUUUGUCCUGCACUCUGUGGAGGCGCCUCUGCAGAAAAAUGAGCAGAUGGUGCAAAGUAUCAACUUGGGAAGCCAAACCCAGCAAUCCCACAGUCAAGUCCACGGUCUUCCCCACCCUUGGCACCAGACGUCAAGGGUUGUCAAAUGCCAAACAUUGCAACCUGUGGUACAUGUUGUGCAGUGUCAAGCAGAUGUUCAGAAAAACACUGAUGCACAAAACAAGAAGAACUUUGUACCCAAGUACCAAAUGCAGUAUCCCAUACUAACAGGUCCAGCAUAUUCCUUCACUGGUGUGCAGGGUGCACAGAUUACUUUGCCAGUUAUUACAAUACCAAUUGGAAAUGAGAUCAAAGUAUCGAAGGCGAACGAUGGAAUACAAAAUGUUUAUGUAGCCCAGCCAAGUCACCAGACUACUAUUCCCAAGGCUUCAGUAGUUCUGCCUAUUGAUGCUCAGAUUAAAACAGCUGUUCAUAUGUCUUCAGGAACGACUGCUGUUCCACAGAUACUCAUCACUCAUGAAAAUGCACAGCCACCAUCUACCGUGGCUUCAAAUCAGAGUUUCUCUGCAGCACCUGCAUUGAAAAACGAUCCGAAAAUGCGACAGCCAGACAGCCAAAACGGCAGGUUACUUGGAUCAGUCGGCAUCCAAAUGAAGAACAGUAUGACGUUUAGCCAGAACCAUGUCGGUGAAAGCCAAAGUACUUCUUCCCUUGGUUCAUUACAUUGCGCUCAAAAGCUGGCAUCCGUAAGCCUUUGCCCUCAACAGGAGCCUACUGCCUCGAGUAAACGGAUGCUAUCCCCUGCCAACAGCCUGGACAUUGCCAUGGAGAAAACACAAAAACGUGCAAAGGACGAACACGGUGCUGCAUGCUUGACGGAUGGCCGGUCGCUCAACUAUCUCAACUCAAAGAUGUCCGAUUUGACCAGACAGCGAAAGCUAAUGCUGGUUCGACAGGUCUGUACCACUGAACCAGUAGACAGUCCGAUAGAAACAGAUGCUCCUGAGCAACUUCCAGACAUUGCUGAAGACAAAACAACAGACAAUCAGACUUCAGUUUCCCAUACAACAAUGCCUGAAACCAACGAACAAGAAAUGGAGAGCAGGACGCCUACUAGUACCACAGUGCAGACGCUCCUGAGGUCCGACAUGCUGUUGUCUCCAGCGGUACAAAGCCAUCCUGCACAAGGAACACUGACAAGUACCCUGAAGACACAGGAAAAGACCGAAGAGCAACGGUGGUCUCCGGCCAAAUCCCCAGUGAGGCCUCCAGUCUUUCAGGGACAAGUGAAGUUAGCUUCUUCUGUGUCCGUCGUCAACACGCGAGACAGCCAUCGCCUGUCCUUCCCGAGUCUGAAGACGGCUACCACGUUUACCUGGUGUUUCCUUAUGAAGAGGAAGCCUCUCCACGUUCAGCAGACGGAUCAGAGGAUCUCGGCCUACUCCACCUGGACUGUCAAACCCAACAACCCCAAUCCACUGGGCCUUCCCACCAAAGUGGUCAUGUCUCUUUUUGACUCCAAGCAGACGUCUAAGAAGAUACUCUACACCCAAGCUAUAACUACGAGUUUGAAGUCGGACAUACUGACGUACUCUGGAAAAUUGAAAGACAUCUUGCCGAAGGUUUUGACCAAUCAGAAGGCUCUGUCUGCUGAAAGUUCCAACAAAUCAAAGCCAGAGAUUCAGUCGAGUCUGGACUCGGACUCCUCUAAAGCCGAGCCUCGUCGAGUGAAGAUCUUUGACGGCGGGUACAAGUCGAAUGAGGAGUAUGUGUAUGUGAGGGGGCGUGGCCGGGGGAAGUAUAUUUGUGAGGAGUGUGGGAUACGCUGUAAAAAGCCGAGUAUGCUGCGUAAACACAUCCGUACGCACUCGGACGUUCGGCCGUAUCACUGCACACAGUGCAACUUCUCCUUCAAAACUAAAGGGAACCUGACCAAACACAUGAAGUCUAAAGCCCACAGUAAGAAGUGUCUGGAGAUGGGCGUCGCCGUCGGCGUGAUCGAGGACCAGGAUACUGAGGACUCAGCAGGUGAUCGUGUAAGAGCGGGCAGUGCAGACAGGCAAGACUCGGACGCAGACGACUCGGACGGUCCAGACGACGAGGACAACGAUGGAGAAGAGGAGGACGAGGAGGACAGCCAGGCCGAGUCGGGCGUAUCCGCCACGCCCUCCGUCUCCGCCAGUCCCCAGCACCUCCCCUCCACCCAGCCGGAUCCAGCACCCAGCUCCCUGCUGGCUCAGAUGUCCAUCAGCCCCAACCCUCACCCACCCCUCCUGCCCCCGGGUCUCCUGCCCCCGGGUCUCCUGCCCCCGGCUCCCGAGUCCCAGGCGUCGGAUACGGAGUCGGUGGCGAUGACCAGCCCGGUGUCUCUGGUCAGACAGAUGUCCAUCUCCGCCUCCUGCUCCAGUCCCGGCCCCAGCCCCACCUCCUUCACCCCCUACCCCGCCCUCGCCUCAGAGUGCCACGCCUCCGACGCAGAGUCCGUGCACAUGAUGAGCCCUAUCUCCCCCUGCAGACAGAUGUCCAUCGACUUCCCAGACACCGAUGUCCCCCCCAGUCCCCCCGUGCCGGGCAAGGGCCCCAAGCUCGGCCAGGACGGAUCAGCGACCGGUUCUUCCCCGUCCGCAAACGAAUCCAACAACUCUAACGUAGACCGAGGAACCCAGACCACCUCAGAUUCCCUGCAAGGACCUUUGCACUUUCCAAUCCCUGGUCCGAUACACGAACCCGGAGCUGGAACUGGAUUUGGAGCUGGAGCCACGCCCCACCUCUUCAGCCACCUCCCCCUGCACUCCCAGCAGCCCUGCCGCUCCCCCUACAGCAUGGUGCCGGUGGGUGGUAUCCAGUUGGUGCCGGCUGGCUUGGCUGCGUAUUCCACAUUUGUGCCCAUUCAAGCAGGACCCGUCCAACUCACCAUCCCCGCGGUCAGCGUGAUCCACCGGCAGGCGAGCAGCCCCCUCCCAGCGCCCAACACUCCGCCCCGGCCCGAGGGCUCCCCGACACAGCCUCUGGUGGUGCAGGAACCCGUCAGCAACGUCCUGCCCUGCUUCCCCUUGGGCCAGGUAGCAGGACUCCAGACUCUGGGCGCCCCCCAGGCGGCGCUGCAGUCUGUGGGCAUGGAGACCUUGAGCGUGGUGGGUCUGGCGAACUCCACCCAGCUGGUUCCUCAGCAGAGUCUGGCGCUCAACGCAACUCUUGGCGUCCAGGUUCUAGCAGCGAGUCCGGCGCCGCAGACCAGCAGCACAGCGUCUCCAGGUCACAUCCCUGGACUACAGAUCUUGAACAUCGCCCUGCCGGCGCUCAUCCCGUCCCUGAGCCCGCUCUCUGCGCUGAGUCCUCUUCCGCUGGUGCCGGAGAAACCCUGCAGUCCGGAGGGAGUCGCUUCGGUUUCCGUACAUUUGUCGCAAGUUGUGAGCUGUGAGUCGUCUCUAACCUCCAGUGGAUGUACUCCAUCAUCAGCAGCAUCAUCAGCAUCUUCAGCAACAUCAGCACCACCUGUAGCAGUUAUCCCAGUCACUGUAAAGACCUCAGUGCAAGCGACCACUGGGGACCAAUCGGCACCAAGCACAGGGACUGGCACAGGGACUGACCUAAGCACAGGGAGCGAUAGAGGGACUGACAGGAAAACACCGCCGCAAACAACGACCCGACCACAGCCCUCGUCCUCUGCUGGCUCUGAGGGUCCACAAAAAAAGGCACCAGCAGUGGGGGCUAGCCAGGCAGGGUUGCCACGACAACCCGUCACCAGGCAACCCGUCACCAGGCAGCAGCCCGUCACCAGGCAACCAGUAACUGACGACUACAACGAUGCCUCCAGCGACGACGAAGACCGACUCGUCAUCGCUACCUGAGAGAGUAGAGAGUGUGGAACCUCAGCGCUUCUAUCGUUUCAUUCGAUCUCGUUCUCUCUUUCUUUUUCAGUCUUUCUCUUUAUCUAUCUCUCCAUCUUUCUCUCUCAUCUCUUUUGUAAAACUUUGUCACUUUGUAAAACUGAAAACACUCAAGAGGAGGAGGAGGGGGGGUAGGGUUAGGGACUCGGAGCGCCCGCCCCCCUCACUCCCAAAGAAAAAAGCACAUUUUCUGACAUUCGUAAUUGUACGUGCAAUCAUAAAUAAUUAAUGAUUAUGACCAAUUGUUAUUUUUAUUUUAUAAACUUUUCUUUUUUUUUGUCGUCAGCUCCAGACAGGUUUUUAUUUUUUUUGUGGUUUGUUUUUCAUUUUUGAUUUUUUUUGUACAUGUUGUAUAGACACUUGUGCCUUUUUUGGAGUUUCUUGGUUAGGAACCUGUGUAAAUAUUACAAAUAUUACAAAAAAUUGAAUUACGAAUCGAGUAGAGUCGCCUGUGUUUAAAGAAUUAGACGAGAUGAAACUACAGACAAAGUGGAAGUUAAAAAAAAACGAACGGAAGAUUUUGAUUUUUUUUUUUUUUUUUUUUUCGUUUUAUUUUGGAAAUGUUUUACGUCACUCAUGAAUUUGCGUUAAAGACGAAGAAAAAACCUAAAGGAGAAUUAAAUAAAUGUUGUACUGAUAUAUGAACAUUUCUAUGGCUUUGGGGGGCAGUGUUUCUGUGUACAGAUGUUGUGUUCAGCUAUUUAUUAUAUUCCAUCUAGUGCCCAGUUGGUCUCCAUAAGUCCAUAGGUUUGUGUAAAUUGGUGGCUUUACAGUACAUUGAUGUAUCUACACAAUCAAAUGUAUCAGUAAAAACUUUGUUUACAAGUGCA